AUGCCGAGCCCAGCAAUUGCAGCUGCCAACGCUUUGUGCAAGAAUCAGGAAGUAACCCAUGAAACUAUCAGCAGAGACCUUCAACCUUUCCUGGAAGAUUUUCGGUCGUAUCCUCAAUUGGGCACUGCACUCCUCAGUAAUUUGGCUGGCAGAAAGAAGCUUCGCCAUAUUCCCAUUGUCUUGGAGGCAUUAGUGACAAACCACUGUGAAGUGAACGCCUUUCAUUAUGGAGUAUCAAUCAGCGCAUUCAAGAAGGCUGAGAAGUGGCCAAAUGCCUUGUGGCUCCUGCGUCAAAUGGAACGCCAAGACAUUUCUCCGAAUACAGUCACUUAUAGUGCUUGCAUCAGCGCUAUGGAGAAAGGCAGCCAGUGGGUUCAAGGCUUGGAUCUUCUAUCAGAGAUGGAGCAAAAGAAGGUCAAGAAGAAUGUUAUCACUGUAAGCUAUGCAAUUAGUGCUUGUGCCAAAGCUGGAAAGUGGCAAGGAGCUAUUGACCUUCUGGCCGAAAUGUGCAAGGAGAAAAGCCAUCCAGACAAUGUGGUGAUGAAUGCCUGCAUCAGUGGAUGCUGCACUGAGUGGCCAGUGGCAAUGCAUUUGCUGCGGGAGAUGCAUGGCUUUCAGCUAAAGCCUGAUAUCAUCUCCUACAGUGCUACGAUUGCGGCAUUGGAAGAAGGGCGGCAAUGGGCGCUUACACUGGCCAUUUUCCAGGAGAUGCGCUCACACCAGAUACCUUUGGACAGCUUUAGCUACAAUGCUUUAAUUGGUUCCUUUUCCAGGGCGAGUGAAUGGCAACAUGCUCUUCAUGUGUUUGGGCAAAAAGCUGCCAGCGAAUUUGAGAUGGACGUUCAUGCAUGCAGUGCAGCUGUGAGUGCUUGUGAGCGAGCAGGCCAGUGGCAGCAUGUACUGAAACUCUGGCCGAGUCUCCAGGACGUUCAGGCGAAGGCCAACCAAAAGGAGAAGAACCUUUACACGUUGAGUGCUGAGGGCCCAGAGGAUUUAACGAGACACUUGAAAAGAGCGCUUGAACUGCAAUGGGCGGUGGGCUAUCCUUUUCUACCAGCUAGAGAAGAUCAGUUGACGCACGGAUUUUACAAGUAUAUUGCUGGAAUGCAAGCCAUGUGCGCCCGUGAGCUUUUGAAACUUAUACCCAAUGCUCAACACGUCAUGGAUAUGUUUUGUGGGUCUGGGACAGUGCUGGUGGAAGCACUCCGUGCUGGUAAGGACGUCGUUGGAUGCGACGUCUCCCCAUUAGCACUCCUUGUAGCCACUCAUCAUACAGAUGCACGCCACAUCGAUCUAGCUGAAUUCUUGCAAGUAGCAGAAGACCUUGCGGCCACUAUGGAAAUGCGUCAUGAAGGUUGGCACUUCCUUCUGUCUCAGAUAUCAGAGUUGCCAAAGAAUUCUUUGAGGGAUGCCUUGCACUUUGUUCUUUUGGUUGCGCUCUCGCGUGCAGGCGAUGCGACAUAUUUGCAUUCCUCUUCUAAAGGGAUUGAGCAGGUUCCUGAAGAGGGACUUUCUCCACAGAUGUUCCGUGGUAUUGCCAAGCUUUACGCAUCGCGUGUUGUGGCACUUAAGAGCUACUCAAAAUCGUCCAAUUGUCAGAUAUAUCGAUGUGACAAUCGAAUCCUCAGACUUCCAGAACUCGUUGAUGCCAUAGUCACAGGACCUCCAUAUCCUGGUGUGUAUGACUAUCAUUCACCAGCUCGGAGUUGUGCUGAUUUGCUUGGUGGAGACGUUCUUUAUCAGUUUUGCGCUCCUGCUUCAGACAUUCACGGUUCAAGGGCUCCUGUGAAUGCUGAGAUUUCUGACUCUUCUUCAAGCUACGCGCCGGAGAGAGAGAUAGGCCAAAACAGCCUGUGGAUCAAUGACUUGCAAUUUGCUGCCAAAUGGCAAGCCCAGCAGGAGGAGUGGCUGGCUUCUGCUUUCGAAAACUUAAAAGAGGGAGGUACAGCUACUUUGAUGAUUGGUGAUGGAGAUUUGAAGGUUGCAGGUGAUGGCGGCUUUGACAAUUUGCAGCCCACUGUGAAAGCUGCUGAAAAGGCAGGCUUUCACACUUUAGCAACUGCGACCAUUCGCGGGAGAAGCAAACAUCCCAGGCAGCCAAAGGGGAUGAAACGCACAGAGCACAUGGUGCAUUUGCAAAAGCCGACACCACUUCAACAGCGGUGA